AUGGCGUUUCGCGACAAUCCAUCAACGACGUCAAAUUUCUCGCAAAACCUGUAUUUCUACUCGAUUCUAGUCAACUCGAUUUCCACCAUCGUCCAUUAUUGCACCGACGGCUUCUUCUCAAUUUCGCUUCUCUCGUCGAUCGUCUUCGCUACCGUACUCCACUACAAAUCCACGUCAUCGUCGCUUCAAGACAUCAAUUUGUCGCUUCGUCGUCAGCAUCUCUCAACAACGUCGCGAAUCUUCUCGACGACCCUUCUCGCCGCCAUUCGCGUCGCCUUCAUCUCCAUCAAAGAGGAGUCGAGUCCGAGUCUGUAUCUCGCCUAUCUCUCGUUGUUCAUCGCCUUCUCCGACAAUCUGCAGCUUCUCACCGACGCCGAGAGCUACGGAAUGAGCACGAGCGCCGGCGGCACCAGCGAACUUCAACCUCAUCGCCCACAACGGACCGUUCGCUACGCGCCAGCCGGCUAG